CUCGCGCCCGCUGCUUCUGCUCUCUCUUUGCCUUCACUCACCACCGACUGUCGUCAGACCACCACGCUCCCUACCGCAGCAUCUCUGCAUCUGCACACACUCACACUCCUUUGAAAAGACGUCUCGACGACGACGUGUUGGCUAGCCCGCGCCCUUUCUUGCAGCUUCCCUCUGCUAUCGCUCCCAGCAACAGACCCGGCGUCGAAAUCAGCACGAGAAUAGUCUCAGUCAAUCGUCUCGAAGACGACACCUCUCGCAGACCAGGGAAUCCAUCUGGACCAUCUCGGCGCACUUGACCCAACCGAUCGGCUCCAUCAUCAUGCGCUUCUUCGAUCUUUCAGCUGGUGCCAUUGCUGCCGCUGCCCUCCUCCAAGGUGCCGUAGCAUCGGCCGCCGAGCAGCCUCCCGGAUAUGGCCCUCCGCCACCAUCAACUUCUUCAACUUCUUCACCACCGAUCUCUGCGACCACGACUUACUACACGACCAUGACCGUCUUCCGCGUCGCGACCACCGUCACCGCCACACGCUCCGGCUCCGUGACCUCCUACACCUCCACUGAGACCGAGACUUCCACUCUCACUGUGCCCACCACCAUGGCUUCCGUAACGAUACCGACGUAUGGCAACCAGACGACCGUGCAUCCCACUGGCGCCUACCCGAGCGCUACUGGUAUUAUUCCUUCGCCAGGCGCUGCGAGCGGACUCCAGGCCUGCUCUAUGGCCGCCGCAGCUGUCGCUGGUGUGGUUGCUCUGCUUCUCAUCUAAGUAGAUGUGAACGGUCAUCUCGAUACCAUUGAGGUACCAAUCCUCGUGCAUGAGCGCGCUUGCGCGCUUGUGGGGGUUUGAUUGGGUGCAGGGCUGGGCUGUUGAGCUCGAGAUGUUGGAGAUGUUAGGAGAGGAGUGCUUGAAUGUUUUAUUUUUAACGACUGAUGUAUGACGGAAGCGCUUCCACUGUUGGGCUUGUUCAGCUGUGGAGUUCUUGCCGAUGGGAGGAAAGCUUUGUCACCACGCCUUACUGACUGGUCCUUGUUUCGAGGGGCUGUUGGCUGAGACCGCGUGGUGAAAGCACAUGGACUCACACGAGCUUGCCUAUACCCCCUGGGAAGCGAUCAUGACUGACCAAGAGAAGAUAUACCCCCUUUUUGAACACUUCUUGUGCGUAUUUUUUAGUUCGAUUCUUGAGUAGAUAGUUUAUUUGAGGAGAAGAAGAAGAACAAGAAGAGAAAGAGUUACUUGCCCCAAUCAAAC